CUUUUGAGCAUGCUAGCGAAGAGCACGAAUCAGCAAUGCAAUGCACUCGGUAGCAUUAUCGGUGUAUUCUUGCAUGUGUGUAAUGCACCGGAUCGCGUCGUCGAGAUGCUCUCGCAACUCGGGCUGUCUAUCAGUCCAUCGUCUAUCAACAACACUGUCAGCUCUCUCGCCCGUAAAGCCGAGAUGAAACACCAACAAGUCGGACAGCAGUUCCUCACUGCAUAUGCCUACGACAACUUCGAUGUUGCAUUCAACGUCAGAACACCCACAGUUGACGGAGGUGACAGAUCUCUCGCGCACCUCACAUCGGCAACUAUGAUACCUCUCGCGCAUGGAGUUCAGGUGGAGGAUCUUCAGGUUUCCGAUGAGCUGUGGUCAAAUAGCAGAUUCAAUCUCAAGAGAAAGCCUCAGGAGAGCGGCGCCAGCAACGAGCAUACCUUGGAUUCCGAUGACCUCCGUUUGCUCGAUCUACAUCCGGAUGACUCUGUCCAUUCAUCCGGUCUUAAUCGGCGGCAGCGCGUUCAAUCAUGGCAGUUCGUACACGACCUCCUCGAGCAUGGGCCUUCCUAUUUCAAGAAGUUCCGCAAUGAGCAUGUGGCACAUCCUCCCGAGGCAGUCGAGCAAAUUCCAGUCACUAAAACACGGCAAUACCCUCUGCGAGCCAUGAACAUCAACAAAUCGACGAACCAAGGCAACACCCAAGCCAUACAAGAGGUACUCUUUCAGGGUGGCGUCGGUGAUCCGGAGGAGGCGAAGGGCCAGGUCAUUGAAGUUCAUCAGGAAAAAAGUUUCGGGGCCAUAGCACACAGCCAUCAGUAUAUACCCCCUGUAGACAGUAUAGUACCACAUAGCAUAGCAGCCAACCAUCAUAGUAUGUUGUAG